AAAUGAGACUGCGCAGGGGACUCUAAAAAUUCGUGAGAAUCCACUUUCCAGAAUAAUUUUCAAAAAUUGCUACACUUACCAUUUCUCAACUAGCCUUUAUUUCGGCGAACAUAUCUACGAGUAUUCUUCCUUGAUUACAUAAUCAUAUAUUAAAUCUUUAUGUCGGUGAUAUUCAUUGCACUUUCUACUCCAGUAUAUUUAAUGAGCAAUUAAUUGACAUCAAUUGCACAUUGGUUUUAUACGUUUGUUCAUAUUUCGAGUGGUCGAUAGAGUUCUUUCAAAACGCGCGCGCCCGGGAGAUAUCGAUAGUCAGCAAUAUCGAUGUGACAUCGAACAUCUGUGAACAUCCGUAUUGCAUGGUGCAUGUCAAUCCAAUAAUGAAUAAUAAUAAUGAGAUUUUGGCAGUACAAAUGAUUGUGAAGGUGUAAAGAAAUAAUUAUGGGGAAGAAUAAAUCGCAACGGACGAAGAACAACGCGAAGCCCUCAAACAGUAGCAGGAGUGCCGAAUUAUUGGGAACAUCGAUACCCAAUUUUGUGGGAUUUUCGGCAGUCAAAGAUGGGGGAUACGUACCUGUCCUCCCUGGACUCUCCAUCAGUGCCAUCAACGAAGUGGAGAUCAACACAAUUGAUCCCAAAUUCCAGAUGGUCUUCAAAAAGAUGAAUAAGAAAGAUCCAACAACAAAAUUCAAGGCACUGCAAGAAUUCGCAGACCUCUGCAGAAACUCUGCACUUCCCUCGGUGGAAGCAGUCCUUCCGUUCUGGCCCCGUCUUUAUUGCGCUCGGGCCGUGGACAUUGAUCAUCGUGUCCGUGAAGCUUCUCAGCUCGCCCAUUCGGCGUUGGUACUCCGGGUGGGCCGCAGCAUAGCUCUCUACCUGAAACAAUUGGCAGGUCCCUGGUUCACCUCUCAAUUCGACACAUACCCUCCCGCCGCCUCUGCUGCCGCUAGUUCCUUCCAAUCAACCUUUCCCAAGACGAAACUAAUUGAUGCCAUCGUCCACUGCCAGGAGGAGAUCCUCACCUACAUUCGGGAUAACCUGACCCACCAAUGCCCCCAAUCCCUCGCCACUCAAAAGAUUCUCACCCCUGAGGAAACCGAAACCAAAUAUCAGAGAAUUUUGAUAUGCAGUCUUCAAGGAUAUUCCCACUAUCUCAAACAAGUCCCCUCUCAUCAAAUAAUGAAGCCCAUUAAUCUCCAUAAUCAGAUUAUUUCCUCUCCAAAGUUCUGGAAGCUCGGAAAACACGAGACUUUGUUGAUUAAGACCGCCUUCUUUAACGUGCUAUCAUCACUGAUUUUCCAUGCUCCAGCCCUCCUCAAGGACGAGAAGAAGCGAACAAUAACGAUAAUAAUGAAUAGCCUCGACGAGUCAGAGCCAGGGAUAUUGUCAGCCGUCUGGGAGUGCUUCCUUGUAGCCAUCGACAACACCGAAGACUGGCACACGGCCGUGAGCAUUGAGAAACUAGUCCUUCCCAAGCUGUGGAAGGUCCUGAGAAACGGAGGACAAGGAUGUGCUUCAGUCGUCUAUCCCUGUCUCCUUCCCUUCCUCUCACAGUUCCCUAAAUUCAAUGUUGAUAACAAAUCUCAACUAUUCGUUAACUUCUUCGAGAACAUGAGACUGGCCUUCACUGUCAAGACUGUUCUUAUGAGCCGCUCCGAGAUGCUGGCCAUCACCAAAUCAUUUGUCGAGUGCCUAAAAUAUACCAUAAUGUUGAAUAAUGAGGAUCGAGUGCUCUGCAGGACUCUUUUGUCCGACCACCUGGUACCUGUCGUCGAAGUCUGUAUCAGGGAUUUUUCUUCCAUCAAGGGAAUCGUUUUCCCUGAGGUGACUGGACUCGUCAAGUAUUGGAGUAAAAACAGAAAUAGCAAAUAUGGAUAUUCAGAACUGAUUAGAAUCUUUUGGACCGAAAUCGAAACGAUGUUUCAACGAGUAACAGCGACUGUUGAUUCUCAUGAUAAAUCGAUGAUCGAUAACAUUCAUAAUGCAGAAAUUAAAUUCUUGAUGAGUUUGAAGAAGCCUCAGAAUUCUAUUAGAAAACAUCAUCAAGUGAGAUUCGCGGAUUCUGAAGACGCGAUUGAGAAGAAGCUUGAUGUUCAUCAAGCUGAUGCAGCAGAGGACGAUGAGGUCUUCCUCGGAGAGUUAGAAUUAUUCGUUAACAACCUCAGCACUUCAUACAUCAGGUGCAACAAUGAUAUUGCUUAUCUGAAUCAAUUGAUUUCAAUAUUUGAGUCUAAAGAACUCUUCACCUCUCUUGCAAAAGUGCAACGAGAAGAUGGAAGUCUGUUGGACUUCUAUAACGAGGUAUUGAAACCCCGAGUGAAAGAGAUCUCCGAAGAUACUGGCGUAAUCGUCAACCUCAUCUUUACUCUGCUAAAGUACAUGACGAAUGAAGAGAAGAAUAUCGUUUUAAAUUCCCUGACGGAACUCGAUGACAGGAGUCUGUUGAAUUAUACCAUCACUUGUGGUCUUCAGCAGGAAAAUAGAAAGGAUGAGCUGAUCAGGCGGUGGCUGGACGCCCCAAGGAUAACCGAGCAUCUAGUGAACGUUUCCAAAGAGAUCGUCAAAAAACUUCCAGCGGAAAUCGAUGAAAAACUUCUCCUAUUGGCGUUCGAGUCAACUUCUGAGGAAUUAUCAGUCAAUGAAACAGCAAUCAAUGAAAUUUCAGAAGUUCUCUGUCAAGUCCCAAGAAAACUCAAUGAUAAAGUAUUCAAAAAUGCUGUUGAACUGAUGGCUAAGCUUUUGGAGUUGUCCUGGAGUCACAAAAAGUGGACUUCAGGGUCUCUUAAGCUGCUCAAAACCCUCUUUGAGUUGAGUCUCAACGAAGAAUUAUCAACUGAAAUUAAAGAAGAUAUCCAACAGAAGUGGAAGAUCGGGUUCUUGCGUGUGCAACACAAGUUGAACGGUCUAAACGGGGUGCCAAUGCUGUUCGAUGUUCAGAGAGACUGCUUCGAGAUGAUUUACCAGAGGCUCCACGGGUCUGAUGGCAUAAGUAUCGAGGAGCUCGUCGAUGUAUCGAUGGAUUUCAUCGAGUCCUCGAGUAAUUUCGAGUAUCACGAGGCUCUCAAUGCUCUGAUAAAAUUCAAUUUUGAACAGGAAAUUAUCUCCGAUGAAUGGGUUCCUCAUGCUACGGACUUGGUGGUCCAGGGGGAAAUCAUCUCUGGAAAUUUCUAUCUUGAAAAUUCACUCAGGAGUAUUAAACUAGACGGAGAGGUGACCCUAGUCCUUCCGGAGAGUGAGAAAAUCCCGGAUACGACAGAGUCUUGUUUAAAAUGGGCGUUAUUCAAUGCCAAACUUAUCAACAAACUCCUCCUCAAAUUGGAUGCUGAUGAGAUCGACGAGUCUGCUUUCGACGAUUGCAUGCAGAAGCUUCUAACUAUUCUGAACUCCACUAUUCUUAUCACCAGUUUAGGAAAGCUGUACCAGAACCAUUACAAAUAUUCUAGGAAUUAUGAGAAAAUAUUCCAAAUUCAUGGGCAGGUAGAAGUGGAGUGCAAAAAGCUCAGGGACGAAGUUCCUAGAAAUGUUUGGGCAAGGAUCCUGAAGCCUGCGGAUAUCGACAUUUUCUGGGUCGAGUUCGGGAGUCUCUUUAAUGAGUUUAUAAAAUAUCUGAAUCAAGAUGAAGAGCAUUUUAUCAGCGGAAAGGUACGAGAGGCUGAAUUUUUGGUGAACUAUUUAGAUAGUCUCCAGGAGGAAACAGACAGAGUCGAGGUAGGAAAGACCUUCAGCCAUCACUUGAAUGCACUUAUAAUCUCUAGAAGUCUCCUCCAGAGCAGAGAACAUCGUUCUAAAUCUAUAAAGAUCCUCAAACACUUCAUAUCUCUCCAUAAAAAACGAGUCUACCUGCUGAAUGAUGGAGAAAACCCUUCGAGCAUCACCACAAUAUCUACAUCGGAUCUCUAUCUGCGUCUGGAGUUCAUCAGACUUUUCACUCACAUCAUUAAGACAUUCCCUGAGGAAUUGGACACUAGUUUGUGGGAUUGUGCUAUGGUUUAUCUUUCUUCUUGGCUCGGGUCCUUAUCAAAAUCCAAGGAGUACCACGAAGAUGUUACGGUCCGAUCCUUUGCGGUUGCAGUCAGUGAUUUCUUCUUUGAGUUCCAGACAGUUAUCACUAGGCACAAGUGUGAGAGGAUUACUGGAGUCCCGGAGAAUCUUCUAGAUGAAUGGAGAGAUAUCUUCGCUGAGAAUGUUUAUGAGUCAAUUGUGGAGAUCUGGAUGUUCUACGGAAAGUUACUCAACUCGAAGAACCAUUUCUUGACACCAAUAAUUGUUAUUAAUCAUUUGGGAACUGCCUUAAAAAUUCUGGAUGGAGACAUUCUAUUCGGGGAAUCCUCAAGUAUUAAUGAAAAUCAGUUGAUGCUUCUCUGCAUCAAGCUGCUAUCAUCCCCAGUGGCUUCCAUCCAGAUAUCAUCCUUCCAUCUUCUUAAAGUCCUUGUUCCGAAGAUGGUUGAGAGGGACAAGCUGUUGAUCGACGAAGAGAAUUUCGAUUGCAAGAGGCUUAAUCUUGCCAAGUUUGUAGAGAACCUCACGGAAAAUCAGAGAAUCGUCAAUGCGAUGUUGAUGGAUUUCAAAUUAUGCGACACUAUCAGCUGCGUUAUUCAAACCCACACCGACUCGUACACUUAUACUUUGGCUUAUCUGCUGGAGUGGCUGAUUCUGCUGGAAAUGUGUGAAACUGCACAUGCAGAUUUGAGGUAUCAGUAUGCUGAGGUACUUAAGGACGAGCUGUUCCCCAGUCUUCUGAACAAUGUCUUCAGGCUCAUCCCUGUAGAAGUGCUGCAGGAAAACAGGAAUAAGAGGGUUGUAGAUCAAAUAAGGGACAUGUUCAGGAGUGAAGUUAAGGUAGAAAUAGGAGGGAGUCUGAGUGACGUCAGGAUCGAGGAAAUUGUCUGCUGGAUUUACAUCAAGUGUUUAAGGCAUCUCCCUGUACUCGCAAGGCAGUGGUGGAGCACAACUGAGAGCAGAGUCAGCAGUGCUGUUGAUAGAAUCACGACUCUUUACGUCAGUCCCAUCCUGUGCCGGGAGGAGUUGUUUCAUAAGAGAUUGGAUGAUGUGGAUAAUAUGCAAAUUAAGGUGCAACCAGUACCCAGGGCCGUCGUUGCUGUUUACGAGAUGGAUGAUACGAAAUUGGAGUUGAGUAUGGUGCUUCCUGGAAAUCAUCCACUGGGGCUAGUCACUGUUGAGCCUGGACAGCAUGCCGGGGGUGCCUCCAACUGGAGAAAUUGUCAUAUGCAACUGUCAAUUUUUCUUACACAUCAGAAUGGAUCCAUUUGGGAUGGACUUAUGAUGUGGAAGAGAAAUAUGGAUAAGAAAUUUGCUGGAGUCGAGGAGUGCUACAUCUGCUUCAGCAUAUUUCAUGUCAAUACUUAUCAAAUUCCAAAAUUAUCCUGUCAUACCUGCAGGAAGAAGUUUCAUGCUCCUUGUUUGUACAAAUGGUUCAGCACAAGUCAAAAGGCGACGUGUCCCAUCUGCCGGAAUGUCUUCUGAGGUGACGUCGAUGAAAUGGUACCACCACUCAACCUUGUGAAUUAUAUUUAUACAUAUUUAGAGGUCUGAACGACAUGAAUGUUAUGUUAUGACAUGAUUGUGAGGGGAAGAGUCUAUGUGUAAAGUGAAUGAUUAAAUAUUCUUCAAUCUA